UGCAAAUUUGAUUGCUUAUUCAGUAUCUCACGAGUUAUUGUGAAAAUAGAAGAAACGAUGGCUCGGUUAAGCUGCAUCGUAACAAUCAUCGGUAUUGCACUAAUGUGCGUUGUCGCGCAAGAAGACCUCUACUCCGAUAAGUUCGACGGCAUUGACGUUAAGAGUAUCAUUACGAACAAUAGAUUGCGUAAUGAAUAUUAUGAUUGUUUUAUGGGAAUAUCGCCAUGCGUAACAGCCGAUGCAAAGUUCUUUAAAGAUAUUUUUUUCGAUGCUCUCGGUAAUAAAUGUAAAAGAUGUACUGAGAAACAAAAGGAAUAUAUGAAGAUUAUACAGGAUUGGUAUACAACAAAUAAUCCUGAUAAAUGGCAAGCUGCCGUUGCAAAAUCUGAGGAUUUAAAAAAGAAGAACGCUCGUAAAUAACGCUGCUACAAACGGACAAGAAAAACAUGAAAAUUACAGGAUAUAUUAAUUAUUUAUGUAGUUAUUGAAUCUUUUAUAUUCAACAACAUCUCUUGGAGAAAUAGAGGAAAAUUUCGAAUUGUUACAUUUAUUAGCUUAAUUAAUUCUUGUAUUGUAAUAAUGUGUUGUUGAAAUAUAUUAUACAGAAAUACAAUAGGAUUUGACUUUAUUUUAUAAUAAAAAUUUUAAUCAUUAAUUUCUCCAGUACAAAUUAUGCUACUUAUUUGAAAUAUAAUUAUUCGAUAAAUACGUAUAAAAAAAUUAACAAAACAAUAAUCUCAUAUUCUAACUUAUAUCUUUACGAAAAUUCUAUUCAGAAACAGAUAAAGUAAGUAAACUGCAAUUUUAAUUUUAUAUUCUCAUUCAAAUUAAAUAUUGCAAACUUAAUAAAAAAAUUAUGAAAAA